GGAGGGAAAAAGAGGGAUGGGGAGGAGAGAGAUAUCGGCCAGAAAUUAGAUAUGAGCUUCGACUACCUCUUUCCUCCCUGGCUCUCGGCACAGUGGGCAGAAGAGGUGAUGGGCACUGAGGCCAGCUCCGUGCGUUCCAUGGAGCUAUUGCCCACGCCCCGCCGCGUUCGCCGAAGCUUUAAGGCCUCAGCGUUUCAGGGUGAGAUCUGGAGGGGAUAGGGGCUCCUCUAACAGAAGUUUUGCUCCUGCUGCCCAGUCUUCCUCUUUGAUUUAAUAAUCAUCAUGUUUAAUUUUUUUUGAGGAAAUUAGGUGUUCUCUCUCUCUCUCUCUCUCUCUCUCUCUCUCUCUCUCUCUCUCUCUCUCUCUCACUCGCUCUUGCUCUGCCUCACCUUUCACUAAGAAAAGCAUUCUGUCCUCUAGGAGGUGAGUGAGAUUCAGGUACGAAGGCUUGUCAGUGGCCUGAGUGUGGCAGAUCCAGAUCCAGUCUUCUGUAGAAAAAAACUGAAGGGUCAGAGAUGCUGGGGUGGCAAUUAGAAAGCGUUUGUCCCUUUGCGACAAGAGGGAGUAUAGGGUCUACAGCUCUCUGAUCGACUCUCCACCAAGAGCUUUGGGGCCCAGGCUGCCAGAGUGAAUAAUAGUUUCCAAGGCUGGGUGAUUGAGGAGAAGGGGAGAAAAGAAGAGGAGGGAAAUUUUGAUGAUAGAGUGUGUGGACUGGCUUCCAAAGAGCCUCCUACUCCAGGACAUGUUCGGGUUAGCAUAGGUCUGAGUGAGUGCAUUCAAGUCCCCAGCAUGUGCCAGGGAGAGGGAGCGGGGGAGUUGGAAAAAGAUGAUUGCGGAUUCAUCUGGGGAUUUGAGUAAUUUGAGGUGAAAACGUAAGUGCCUUCACCCUGUGAAUUGGAUUCCUCAUCCCUUUGUUCUUCCUGAGCCCUAGAACGUUCAGGUUCUAGAAACAUCAGAAUCAGGGAGGCACUUUGGGCGGGUAGAUGUCUGUUGAUCGACCACCCCUCGCUUUAGCGCACUGGUCUAUAGGGUAUUAGUGGUGGUGUAUGUGCGUGUGCUCGCGAGCGCUCGUGUGUGAGAGACAGACAGAGAGGUAAAGACAGAAAGGCAGAAACAAAGUCGAAGAGACAGUGAAGGUGUGUGAGUGGAUACUUGUCUGAAUUCCGUGGUCAGAUAUAUUGAAAGGAUAGGCUGGCCCUUGCUUUAUUUCGAACCUUUGUGUGGUGGUUAGUAGAAGACUUGUGAUGGAAGCGAAUUCGCAAAGCAGACAACAUGUAAAUCAGGGCUUCCCUUGCCUCAGUGAGUUGCUCCUCAGUUACGCCCCUUGAACAAGAAGCAACAAGCUUUGAAUAAGACUGUGAAAGAGGUGGUGGUCAUUGGGGGUGAGGGACGCUGACAGGGUUGGGGUGGGUGUUGGUGCUUUUUUUGUUUGUUUGUUUUUUAAGAGAGAUUUGAGACUCUCACACCUUCACACCUCGUUCUUACGCUUCCUCUGGACUUUUCUCCUCCCGUUACCUCCGUGUAUUUAAAGCAGAGCGGGGAAGGAGGGCACCCGAGCGGCUGAGGCUGAGGGGGGAAGGGGGGCUGGAGGCUGGCUGCAGAUGCACCCAGCUGUCUCUCUAGCAAUGUGGAGUCAGAGCCCUGAACAGGCGCCCGCGCUCAGGUGAUUCGCUUCCAGAUCUACCUAUGCCUCUUCGCCUCCCAGGGCUGGGCGGAGAAAACCGACCCCUCCCCGCCCCCCCCCCCCCGCCCCCGUAGGCUCUCCCCAAGUGUGUGCCUGCCUCGGCGCCAGGAGAGAUCCCGGGAAGUCUUGGUGAAAGACUGAUAUAGAUAUAAGGACAUUUCUCCAUGGAGUCACGUGACAUAAUUACCACCAGAAUCAAUCAAGAUGAAUUGCACGUCAGCACACGGUGGGGAUUUUUUCUUAGUUGAUCCUGUCCAAAGCCUCUUGUGCAAUAGAUGGAUCUUGUUCAAGGCACGGAAAUCUCCCGGUCGCUCGCCAUCGCCCAGAGGAAGACAUGACCGAGUUUGACGACUGCGGCCCCAGCGCAGCCAAUAUGUAUCUGCCGGGCUGCGCUUAUUACGUGGCCCCCUCGGAUUUCUCCAGCAAGCCCUCGUUCCUGUCGCAGACGUCGUCCUGUCAAAUGACUUUCCCCUACUCCUCCAACCUGCCUCACGUCCAACCGGUGCGCGAAGUGGCGUUCCGCGACUACAGCUUGGAGCGCGGUAAAUGGCAAUAUCGGGGCAGUUACGCUCCUUAUUACGCGGCGGAGGAGGUGAUGCACAGGGACUUGCUGCCGCCUGGGAGCCGGAGGCCAGAUAUGCUAUUCAAGACUUCGGAACCCGUUUGCGGUCCCCACGGCCCCUCGGGCGCCGCCUCUAACUUCUACAGUACCGUGGGGCGCAAUGGGAUCCUGCCCCAGGGCUUCGACCAGUUUUACGAGGCAGCACCCGGACCCCCGUACCAGCAGCAGCAGCAACAACCUCAACAGCCUCAGCAGCAACAGCAACAGCAGCCGCCACAGUCCAGCGGCGAGCCCGAAGGGGACGCUGAAAAGAGCAGCCUGAAGUCUCCCGCCACCGCGAGCCCUUGCGGCAAAGCCCCCUCGGGGCUGGAGCCCAAGGGGGCAACGGAGAGCGGCUCCAGUGGCGAUGCCCCCCCAGGGGAGGCGGGGGCGGAGAAGAGCGGAGGCGCAGUGGUUCCCCAGCGAUCGAGAAAAAAGAGGUGCCCCUACACCAAAUACCAGAUCCGAGAACUGGAACGGGAAUUUUUCUUCAACGUGUAUAUAAACAAAGAGAAAAGACUCCAACUCUCUCGAAUGCUCAACCUCACUGACCGACAAGUCAAAAUCUGGUUCCAGAAUCGCAGGAUGAAAGAAAAGAAACUAAACAGGGAUCGACUCCAAUAUUUCACUGGGAAUCCCUUAUUCUGAAUGAUCAAGAAAUCUUCCCCCCCCCCCUCCCCCGACUCUCACUCAUACUCACACUCCUCCUCCCCUCACUCAGCCUGCCCGCCGGAGGCAAAAAGUCAUUGGGUUUACAUGACUCAUCUUCCCUGCGGAACUCCAAGCUUCAUUUCCACAUUCAACUCGGUCAACUCGGUUACUUCCCAGCGAUCAAUGCCUGCAGAGGAUGCCGGUGUCUUGGCGGAUCGGAUGCCUAAUAAGGGGAAAAUGGUAAAUCCAAACAUCCGUUUACAAUUUUACCACCAAAGUGUUGUUUUUUUGUUUUUGUUUUUGUUUUUGUUUUUUUCUCCCCUCUCCCCUCUAAAGUCUUCGUGGUGAUGCAGAUGGACCUGUAGUGCGUUUGGCCGUUGCUUAAGGUGUUUUGUUCUGAGCUUAGAAUCAACUGUUUCUUUUCACUAAAUGAAUGGCGAUUAUUUAAACUCUGGGAAAUGUACCUUCGGUCUCUCUCUAAGUUUCCACUGUCAUAUAAACGCAUGGGCCACUGUCUUUUUCAUGUGAAUAAAUGGUUUCUAGUAAAACGAAGGUUCCAUCCUCAA